UGGUGGCGGUGCACAUACCUCUGUGGUGUCGGAAAACAUAUUAUUCAGGAGCUGCAUAUUGUGUAGUGGAAGGAAAGUGUUUGUGUGUUUCAGAGACAGAUCCAGGUAUAGCUGCGGGCCAGUACACAAUCGGAGAUGUCACAGCAUCUGCACUGUGUGGCAUAUUAGCUUCAGGAUGGUAGAAGUCUUUCAUCACUGACACCCUCCUCAUGGAAUUGUUUCCUAAGGUACCAGUAUGCUAAAGGACAUCCCUGUGGCAUAAAAAUGUAAGCUCAAAGUAUUUUGGUAAUGUUUGUACACACAAGUUUGUCGCCACCACAUUUCUGCUCUCGAUAGGGUCUCCUACAGUGCUUAACAGGAUAUCCAUUGCUUUAUUACUGGAACUAGCUGUCACUAUGGAGAAGGGAAAGAAGAGCAGCAGCCUGCGCAAACUGGGGUGGUUUUUCUCUAAAAGUCGUUCUGGGGAUGAAUAUAAUGGGGUUACUAUGGAGACAUCGCAGGAUAGCAGGAGACACUCAGAGGAGGAUCUGGAAGAGACUACAGAGAUGCCCUCAAGCGAGCUCUGCUCCCCUAAAGAUUUGGAGGAACCAUCCUCACCAGCAGGAACCAAGAAAAAAUCAUUUGGGAGCUGGAGACUGAAAAUGAGCAAGAGGAAAACUUCGAAUCAUAUAUCUACAUCUCCACCUUCUCCAGGCUUUGAUGAGAAAGGCAGCAGGUCCAAUGAAAACCUAGAUAGUGAAGAAGUCCAGUCACAUUCAAUGUUUUCAUCUGCUCAAGAAGAGACUGAAGGGACUUCCGAGCUAUCUCUUCCUUUAGAAGAAAAUGUGGACUACCUGCAGGAAUCUGUAACACAAACCCAUGAGUCUAGGGCACAGCCAGCCGAGUCGCCUAAGAAAGACGGUGCUAAAAAACCUGUUUUAGGGAAGAUUGGAAACCUCUUCAAUUCCAACAGAAAGAGACAAAGCAAAACCAUUCCAGACUCUCCCACAAGUCCUACUAAUGAAAAGACUGGAAUCACUACUAGGACCACAGAACGUAAAAGAUCCUCGGGGACUGCUGGAACAAAAGCCCAGAAUCAAGAAAACACUGCCUCCCCUUCAGAAGCUGUAUUAGGUAAUAUUUUACAGCAGUGCUCAGAGGAGGGAGACAGUCCAUGUGUCAGUCUAAGUGAAAACGAAGCUAAUAAUGGUAACUUUGACAAUGGAUUAUCUAAGAUGCUGCAGGUCAGUGAAAAUAACCCAUCUAGACUAGAGAGCAAGGCAUGUGUCUCAUCAACUGAAAGUACUGUUAAUAUAUCUUUAGACAAAAGUAAAAGCUCUUUGUCUAGACCUGAAAAGCAAAGUAGCGCUGAUAGGAGUGGAAGAACUUUCUCUAAUCUAGCUGUCAGGCGACAAUCUUCUUCUGACAGUGAUUCAACUAAAAAUAGCUGUAGAAAACAGCAAAGCAGUGUUUAUAAAGAAGAGUCACCUAGAGCACAAACAAAGAAAAAUACCAAAUUAUCCAGCAAACCAACAGAUUCAAAACAAGAAAAACUUGUUCCAGCUGUGGAUAGUGAAGCACAUCAAGCUGCAAAGUUGUCUUUAGACACUGCCUCUAAAAAUAAUGAAAGAAAAAGACUACAGCUGCAAGAAGCAUCAAAUGACCGUAACAGUUUAAACGAGAGCGUGCAUGUUGUUGCUGCUGCUUCCCAUCAAGCUUCAUCAGAUCAGGAAAAUGACCCCAUAUCUCAGACAGAAAAUCUGAAUGGACAAAAAUACGAUGAGAGCAAGUGUGGUGCAAAUGUGUUAGCUUUUGAUAUUUAUCUGACGAACGCCACUGAAACAAUCUCUCCAGCACAACUAGAGAAUUUUAUUAACGGAGAGACAAUGGAAAAAAACCCAAACAGUAGAAAAACAAACAGAAAGAGAAGGUCUCUCAAGAGUCAGAGUAGUCAGAAUGGUGAGAAAAAGACUGAAAGCCCCAUGUUAGAUGAACAGAACACCGACCUUGCUUUCAAUUUUGAAGCAGUGACAGAAAAAAUGACAAUAUGUGAGAGUAAACCUUUACCUCUGUCACCUGAUACUACUAGUCCAUUAUCAGCCAACCAAGAUGUCAGGGCAGGGGCUAAUCACAAAUUGUCACCUAAGGGUGAAUCAGACAAAGGUAAACAGCAACACCCAACCUCCAGUCCUAUAAGCAAAAAAAAAGAAAAGGAAAAUCAGUCUGGCUCCAUUCCUGCUUCUCCAACUGCCCGCAAAGCUCAAGGUUCUCCUUUUAAAAAUCAGCCAGGGACACCUGCCAAAGCAACUGAAGGUUCUGUUUCCACAACAAAAGCCGCCUAUGUGGAAAAAGUAUCUGUGCCUGGAUCUUCUACUGGAAGUAGUAGGGAAGAUUGUAUGACGCUGUCAUGUGAGAGUGCUGAGGCGUUUACAUCACAGACUGCAGGUGCCCCGUCUGAGAACAGGAGGACACUGACUGAUGGAGAACAGAGUCCCCUUCUGCUGGGCAGCUCCACUCAGUCACCAUCUGAGUUCAGCAUUAUAAACCACAAAGCCUCCUCUACAGACAUCUCAAAGCCCACCGUAACCACAAAGCUCAAUAUUGCACCUAAACCAAAGAAUGUGGAAUUGCCUAUCAAAUCAAAGCUUACUGGCAGCACCGAAAGUUUGAAGGACCCUACGACAGGACAAGCCAUCCAUAGAGGAAACACCGCUACUAAGGUUUCUUUGUUUGAAAACAAAAAAACAAGCCAAAAGCAAAUAGAUUUCUAUGCAACAAAGAGCAUCUCCCAGCCAAAGAAAUAUGUUGGAAGAGCCAAACUAAACUUUGGUAAGACUUCUAAAGGAAAAGAUUGCAUUUUGGCUAGCAAACAGAUCACUGAACCGAAAAGUCCUGAUGUAAACAAAAAAGAGGACAUUCCUUCAGAAGCAAAAGCCAAAAAAGGUGCAGGUGAGCUAGAUUAUGGCAAUAAUAAAUUAGAGAAUAAAGUUAAGCCUGAAAACCAUCUGCUGGACCAAACGCUAAAGGACAACAACAAAGAUGGCUUAGAUACAUCCACAUUUUCAGAGGCAUCUGGAACAGAAAGUGAUGGGCAACUAAAACAUAUUUCAGAAACUGGUUUAAAUGCAGAAGAUACAUUGUCAAAUUUGCCAUUAGAUUGUUCUGUUCAUUUUAAUGAAGAGAUAGCUCUGCUGCCCAACAAAGCAAAUUUUGAUUCAAACUAUUUGGAUUCUGGUCUUAAAGAAAAGUAUAGUACAGGUAUGGGAAAUUUCAAUACAAACACUACAACGCAAGCAAAUUUACAGGGAACAGAACAAAAAAGCAGCACUCCUUUAUUAUCAGAUAAUAAUGAGUUGUCAGCCCCCUAUACUGAUAAAGUUCAAGACAAUGACAAUGAAGAAGAGAGAGAUUUUUCAAAAGAACUACCACCAGUGCAUUCUGCUCAGGUUAAUAAAAAGUCCAAGACACAUUUGUGUGAAAACGAGAAGAAAUCUCAGGAAAUUGAAACUGUAAUAAGUGUUAGCGGUCAAAAUAAUGUGCAGAUUUGUACAGAGAAACAUAAUGCGCUAGCUGAGAAAGAUGUUUCAAAACAAACAAAACAGCACAUUGAUGACUCCAAUGACUCUAAAUUACAACCUUUCAUUAAUGAUUUACAUGUUUCUCACCAGGAAAGCAAGAACUCAUUGAAUGCUAAAUUAUUAGACAUAACUUCACAUAAGCAGGCAGAUAUACAAACACCGGUAAAUGAAAACUCUUUGCUUGGUCAAUACAUAGUUGCUGACACCCUGAGCCAAACACAGGAAAAUCAAAAUAUAUCUGUAGUGAGUGAAUCUAAUAAUGAAAUUCUGCAGACAAAAACAACUGAUAUGCCACAUGAUGAUCAUUUGAGUACAGAUUUAGAGAAAGAAGCCAACAUUGCUGUUUUUCAAACAGAAACAGAUGGGAAGAAUUAUGAAGCCAUAUCUGGCAACAAUGUCAGCCAAACAGGUUGUACUACAGGCAUACCACAAAAACCACAGGAACUAAAUGUAAGUACAGACGUAGAGAAAGAGUAUUCUGUUUUUCACUCAGAAGCAGUCAAUAAAAUCUACAAAGACAACUCUUCUAUAGAAAAUAGCCAAACAAGGUAUGCACCACACAUGGCACAUACAGCUCAGGAGGAAAAUUUAAGUAUAGUUUUGCAUAAGGAAAGUCUUAUGGCUGUUGUUCACUCACAGUCAACUGAGAAUAUCCAUGAAGAUAUCUCUGAAAAGUCUGUCACUGGUAAUAAUGGCAGCCAAAUGAAAAGCAUAUUAGAAACAUCACAUACACAACACGAAGAAAAUCAAAGUGCAGUUUUGCGGAAACAAACUAAUGCACAGAUUUUAGAACUAGAAUUAACUGAGAAGGUGUGUGAAGAUGACAUGACUGUUUGUGGUGAUAACGUCAGCCAAAUAAAUUCUAUAAUAGACACUGCACAUACAACACAGGGGAGAAAUCUAAGCACGGUUUUACAGAAGGAAACAAAUCUUCCUGUUUUGCAUUCAAUAGUAACUGAGGGAAUACAAGAAAAUGUGUCUCACAAGUCAACUAUGCCUAAUAAUGACAGAUAUACCAGUAAAACACAGGAAACACCUCUUAUACCACAGGAAGAAAAGCAGAGUAUAGAUUUACAGGAAGAAAGUAAUGUUAAUUUGCACCCUGAAACAACUAUUGAAAGUUUGCCUGAAUCAGUCAAGAAUGAAAGUGAUAUAUGCAUUCAAAGUGGUUUGGAUCUCGGGAAUCAACAGGAAGAUAUCACCCAUGGUGUGACCGUGCUUUCCUUAAAAGAUGAUGAUGCUGCCUGUGAGCAAAUUGCUUUUGUGAAUGAUAAUCAGUUGUCACAAAAUGUUGCUAACACUGAAGAUGCAACAAACCAAAGUUGUUCUGCAGAUUCUGAAAAAAUAGAUGUAAUUUCAGCAAAUGAAAUUGACAAAAAUGGCGUGCCUGACGACACCGUGAAUCAUUCAGUUUCUAUCUAUAAUCAAAAUGGUUGUGUGGGUGGAACAGAAUCUCGAAGUAAUGCCACUCUGCAAUAUGCAGUGGAUACCGAAGAGCAAUUAGAAAAUUUCCAAAAAAGUCCAGAAAAAAUUCUGAGCGGUUCUGUAACCAGUGACGAUAGCAUCUUUGAUUCAUCUUCAGAUAUGGAACAGUUUGCAGAAGCAAUCAGAAAGCUGGAAAGCCCAAUAACGAUUCCUCAAAAAAUAAAAAAGGCUAGAACUCCAAAGUCUCCAAGCCAAUAUUAUGGUUUGCCCCCCAUCCAUGAGGACUUUUUAGAGAAGAUACUGGAUUCUGAAACCUUCUCAUUUGGCUUAGGAAGAAAAGAGAAGGCAAGUAACAUUGCACCCCUGUCCCUGUUUAAACUGCAAAGCAAAGAGACUGCUGAGAAGUUAAAGCCAAAGCGGGCAUCUACUGAGCAAAGUUUGCUUUUGAAAUCUCUGAAACCAACUAGGGAAACCCCUUCAAAACCACAGGAAACAUGUGACAAGGAAAAUGCAGAUGUUACUGACUUUGCAGUCAAACGAUCUCGCAUAGAAUCAAUGUACGCUGGAUCAAAAUCAACAAGUGUCUCCCGAUCAGAGGAAAAUAUAUUUUCUCCUACUGUGACCACUGUCAGCAGUAUUACUACCUCAUUUGCAACAGAUAACAAAGAUUCUGAUUUCAGAACUAUGGACUCUUUAAAUACUGCUCAGGUGUCUGAAAAAGAGAGUAAGCGGAACAUUGAAACAAAUGAAUCUUUAGGGCUGGCUAUGCAUAAUGAUUUUUCACUAUUAUCAUUCCCAGACAUCAUGGAAAAUAAUUUGCAAAUCAGCGCUGCUUCACAACUUUCUCAACAUUCUGAAUUACAGCUGCCUGCAGCUAUAAAUCCAUCUUCAGCUGUUGUGAAUGUGUUUCCUGAAGCCCCUCCAGAGAACACUACAAAAUCUUGUUCUUUGAACAGUGAUAGUUCUGCCAAAAAUGUGUCGGAUAUAUUUUAUUUUAAGGGAGAGGAUCCAAACCAUAUUCUGUCAAAUAUUGGCUCACUGGCUUUUUCUGGGAAAGGCGUGGAGAAAAUUAACCCCAGACCAGGAAAGAUAGUGAUAUUCAGUGAAGCAAACUGUGAUGGUACAAUCUAUGAAAUCUUCACAGAUGUUGCAGAUUGUUCCUCUUGGGAGCUGUCACCAACCAUUGGUAUCAAGACCAUAAGAGGAUGCUGGAUACUUUACGAGCAGCCAAAUUUUGAAGGGCAAUCCAUUGCUUUGGAAGAGGGUGAUUUAGAACUUACUAACCCAUGGGGAGAAGAACCACAGUCAGAGGAAAACCCUCCACCCACUGUAAUUGGAUCUCUAAGGCUGGUAGUCAAGGACUACAGGGUUUGUCAGAUUGAUUUGUUUACAGAACCAGAUGGAUUAGGAAUCAUGACAUCUUAUUUAGAUGACACUGACGAACUACAGGUUUAUGGGAGAUUGCAGAGGACUUGUUCCAUUAAAGUGCACUGGGGAGUGUGGUUGGUUUAUGAAGAACCUGGUUUUCAGGGCAUACCCUUUAUUAUAGAACCUGGAGAGUAUCCUAAUCUUUCAUUUUGGAAUACGAUGGAAGCCUACAUAGGAUCACUAAGACCUUUAAAAAUGGGAUGCCGCAAAGUUGAAAUUCCAUACGAGCCAAAGAUUAUUAUUUAUGAAAAGCCACUGUUUGAAGGAAGGCAAGUGGAGCUUGAGAAAGAAGUACUAAAGCUAAAAGAUCUAGAAACUGGAGAAGCUAUCGGAGAACAAGAAUUUGCACCAUUUACUACUGUUGGAUCACUGAGAGUUAUCAGUGGUUUGUGGGCUGGUUAUGAGAAGCCAGGAUUUGAAGGUCAUCAGUAUUUACUAGAAGAAGGUGAUUAUGAAGAGUGGAGUCAGUGGGGUGGCUUUGAUGGAUUUCUACAGUCAUUACGGCCAAUAGUAUCUGACUUUUCAACACCUCAUAUGACAAUGUACAAUGAGAAGGACUUUGAUGAGAAAGCACCUAAUAUCAAUGUUUUGGGAAUUAUUUCAAACAUGGAAGAGACAGGAUAUGGAGCAAAGACACAGUCCAUUCAUGUUCGGAGCGGAGUGUGGGUAGCAUAUGAAACCCCUGAUUUCACAGGGGAGCAGUACAUUCUGGAGAAAGGAAUGUACUCUCACUUUGCUGCUUGGGGUGCCAAGGACUUCAAGAUUUCUUCUGUCCAGCCAAUUGUAAUGGAUGCAGUUGAAAAUUCGAGGGGUGGAUUUAAGGUUCAACUGUUUUCAGAGCCAGACUUUAAAGGCAGCACUCAUAUGUUUGAAGGGGAUGCAAAUAGUAUUGAGGAUUUGUUCAUAGCAAAGUCUUGCAAGAUAUUUUCAGGCCGAUGGGUUGCCUAUGACAAGGAAGAUUUUUCAGGAAAUCUCUGGGUAUUAGAAGAAGGCAACUAUCCCAGUUUAUGCGCAAUGGGAUGCCAACAGGAGACAGCUAUACGCUCUUUGCAAAUUAUAAACUAUGAGUUUUCAGAACCAAGCAUUAUUCUUUAUGGAAAACAAAACUUCCAAGGAAGAAAAGUUAAACUAAGCACAGAAACAACAAAUCUUCAGGCCAUGGGCUACUCACCAGAUUUUCUGUCUGCUGAAGUCCUUGGAGGCAUAUGGGUUCUUUAUGAGUAUAGCAACUACAGAGGUCGUCAGAUAAUUCUUUCACCUAGCAAGAUUGACGAUUGGCGUACCUUUAGUGAAUGGAAUAUGAUAGGAUCUUUACGCCCACUUCAACAGAAAAGCCUUUACUUCAAGCUUCGGAAUAAGGAAAGUGGAAUGUUUCUCUCUACAAAUGGAAAUUUAAGUGACAUAAAGCUCUUGAGGAUACAAGUUAUGGAAGACACAGAAGCUGAAGAUCAGAUCUGGGUUUAUCAUGAAGGAGUCAUUCGUUGUCGAAUUGCUGAAGACUGUACCUUUGCAACAACCGGCAACCUGAUUAGUGCUGGCAGCAAACUUGGUCUGACUCUGGAACAGACAGGAGCAAGCAUGCACUGGAAUAUCAGCUCUGAUGGCAGGAUAUACACCCGCUCAAAGCCAAACCUUGUAUUGGAUAUCAAAGGAGGAAAUCAGUACGACCAGCAGCAUGUUAUACUGAACCCUUUCACAGAGGGGAAACUGACACAGUUGUGGGAAGUAUGCAUUCUGUAAGGGAAGUCUACUGUGGAUCUGAGGAACCAGUAGAAUUGCUUCGUGUCUGACCUGCACUGCUAAGAGAAGAAAGAAUUCCUCAACAAACCAUUUCUUAUGCAAGGCCCAGUGCCAUAAGAGACCUUUUCAUUAAGGAUAUCUACUGUCUAAAUACUGUUUCAAGCUGGAGGUGAUCUUACCUGAAGAUGUCAUUUGGACUCGACUUCACUGAGCAUGUCUGGAAUUGCACUUAUUGAAUCUAGUGCUGAGAGUGAAUGGGACAGCUUUAUCAUACCAGAUUUCUUGCAGCUGUAAAUAUACUUCAAUCAGAUAAAGAAAAGAAAAAAGACUGACUCUGAUCAGAACCCUGAAACAAAAAUUACAUUUUUACAAAUAUACUCAUUUUUACCAAAUUGAUUUGCAAACAUGUUUACCCCAUGGGAUUCUGCAAUUUUGAUGAAGCCCCUUAAAUUAAGGGAUAUGUCAGAACCUUUACAGUAUUUCACCCGCAAGCCUGUCUGUUUGUUGUCUGUUUGUUCAGAUGGUUGUCAGUUUUCUGUUGGUUGUAUUAUAUGAGACUGAGGUACCACCUUGUGAUAUACUACUUUCCCUUUACACUAAAACAGCACUGUGGAAAUGUAAGCCAUCCAGUGUGCUUUUGUUAUUAUUUCUUUUUUAAGGUGACCUUAGGACUAUACAUAAAAAGAACUGCUCUUUAUUGGAUCUGCUAGCCCAAGGGGUCUGAAAAAAUGUAACUAGUCAAAACACACAUAACAUGUUAGUUAGAAACAAAAGGCAUAAGCCCCUGAAACUUUAAAUCUCAAAUUUACUUUCCUUAGAAUUCUUGUCCAGCCAUAUCCCACAAUAUUUGCAUGUGUUCUCUCUGUUGAAAUAUUACAUGUGCCCAUGGGGAAAGGGUGCCAUUUUGACAUCUGCACUCCCUGUGGGUAAGUCCCUGCAUAAAACUAAAAAUCCCCCUUUCCCAGAGAACUUCACAUCCUCACUUAAUUGAAUGUAAAGUUUAUUAGAACUCAACUCUUCAUGCAUUUUGCACAUUUUGUAGUGAAAUACAUUAUUAUAUCAAAGAGCUAAUGACUUCAUGAAUGCCUGUCUGGACCUUAAAGGGAACAUUUAGCUCAUUCCUUCUCUGCCUCAUACUAAUGAGCGCAAAUGUAUCUUAUAAGGGAACCUUAAGAAGGUGUUUUCUCAUCCUUCAAUAAGUAGGUAUGAAUACCAGCGCUAUAUAUGAAUAUAUGCUGUAUGUAAUACUGUAUGGCCAAUGUAAUACUGUUUGGCCAAUGUAAUACUGUAUGGCCAAAUAGCUCUCCCCAUUCAAGUACGAAUGAAACCACUAUAAACGGCACAGCCAUACCACUUUUUUUUGCGAAAUCUACUGACAGCUUUUUUUUAUAAGCAUUGCCUUAUAAUUACAUAGUUCAUUUUAAUGACAAUUGGCAACAACCAGUCACUUCUGAAUUAGCUAUUAAUGUUGAAUGUGAUUAAUACCAUUUCUUGAGGAUUGUUUCCAGAGCGGAGAGGUUUGCAUCUGAAAUUGCUGAACUUCAUUUAAAUAAAGGGGCUUAAUGUACUCCAGGCUUUGCUGAGACAGUGACCUGAUUUGCUUUGCAGCCUCCCUCCAGCUGAUAACCAAAAUGUAGGUGUGCUGCAAUUCCUCUUAAACCUCUCAUUGUCAUUAGAUAUGAUUUCAUGGAGGAUAGGAUGUACAGGUAUAAGCACAAGCUGCCUGGAUGGAAUGUACAGUGUAUCCAGGGCUCUGAAUUCUCAAUGGGGAAGUUCAUUUCUGUCAUCAAGAUACAUUCCACCAUGUGUAGGUAUACAUCAACUUCCACAGACACUAGAGUGGGGAUCAAGUGGGAAAUGAUUGGUUUGACUGCUGUUAAAAUGAAAAGCAUCACACUCACUCCCUAAGAUAGAUCGGUAACAGUAGGAAUGACUGUCAUAGAGCUGAAAUGCACCAUGUUGCUAAGGUGAAAAAAACACUGGACUUUUACCCAUUUAUUGUAGUCAUUUGUUCAAAAAUAUGUGCUGAUUUUUGUGUACUGCCGAGUCCUUAAAACUUGUGGGCGUUUUUCUACAAACUGUUUUAAAACCUGCUUUUUGAAAAUAAACAUCUGUUAACUAA